UAGUAGCAGAAGCCCUUCCCUCCCUGGGGCUAUUUGUGGUGCUUGUGCGUCGCAGUUUACACUACAUUAAUUACACACAUGUCUGCGUGAUGGUAGAGCAGACGCUGUGAUUCGACAGGGGAAUCUAAAACACUUCCUCCAGACUAUCCUACUGUACUACACCAAGCCCAGGCUCUAAUAACCACACACCCAGCCCAGGCUCUAAUAACCACACACCCAGUCCUAAUAACCACACACCCAGCCCAGGCUCUAAUAACCACACACCCAGCCCAGGCUCUAAUAACCACACACCCAGCCCAGGCUCUAAUAACCACACACCCAACCCAGGCUCUAAUAACCACACACCCAGCCCAGGCUCUAAUAACCACACACCCAGCCCAGGCUCUAAUAACCACACACCCAGUCCUAAUAACCACACACCCAGCCCAGGCUCUAAUAACCACACACCCAGUCCUAAUAACCACACACCCAGGCUCUAAUAACCACACACCCAACCCAGGCUCUAAUAACCACACACCCAGUCCUAAUAACCACACACCCAGGCUCUAAUAACCACACACCCAACCCAGGCUCUAAUAACCACACACCCAGUCCUAAUAACCACACACCCAGGCUCUAAUAACCACACACCCAGCCCAGGCUCUAAUAACCACACACCCAGUCCUAAUAACCACACACCCAGGCUCUAAUAACCACACACCCAACCCAGGCUCUAAUAACCACACACCCAGUCCUAAUAACCACACACCCAGGCUCUAAUAACCACACACCCAACCCAGGCUCUAAUAACCACACACCCAGGCUCUAAUAACCACACACCCAGCCCAGGCUCUAAUAACCACACACCCAGCCCAGGCUCUAAUAACCACACACCCAACCCAGGCUCUAAUAACCACACACCCAACUCAGGCUCUAAUAACCACACACACAGUCCUAAUAACCACACACCCAGCCCAGGCUCUAAUAACCACACACCCAGGCUCUAAUAACCACACACCCAACCCAGGCUCUAAUAACCACACACCCAGUCCUAAUAACCACACACCCAGGCUCUAAUAACCACACACCCAACCCAGGCUCUAAUAACCACACACCCAGCCCAGGCUCUAAUAACCACACACCCAGUCCUAAUAACCACACACCCAGCCCAGGCUCUAAUAACCACACACCCAGGCUCUAAUAACCACACACCCAACCCAGGCUCUAAUAACCACACACCCAGCCCAGGCUCUAAUAACCACACACCCAGUCCUAAUAACCACACACCCAGCCCAGGCUCUAAUAACCACACAACCAGUCCUAAUAACCACACAACCAGUCCUAAUAACCACACAACCAGUCCUAAUAACCACACACCCAGUCCUAAUAACCACACACCCAGCCCAGGCUCUAAUAACCACACACCCAGGCCCCCAGAUACAGCU